AUGGCGAGCACGACGCAUAGUCCGACGCAUAGUCCGACGCGCAGUCGGACGCUCAGUGUCAGCAAGAUGAGCGGACAGCGGCCGCACUAUCACGGAGCCAGCAAGGAUCACUCGCCGAAGCCGGACGCCAUGCUGGCGGCAGAGAUGGCCCGCGACAAGUCGCAGGAGUCGACCAAGUCCACCGCCGUCAGGAGCACGCAAAUGCGCUCGGCUCAGGCACUCAGCUUCUGGAGCAUGUACUCUUCCGUUGCGGCGCACGUAAAUCCAACGCGCUUCAUCACCGUGGCUGACCUUGCGUGUGCCGUGGCCACUGUCCUGGCCAUCGCGGUGCUCAUACUGAGCCUCACCAUGUUCGUCGACAAGACCCCCAAUGGCGGCACGAAGAACGUGGUCGUGAGAGGCCACUUCGGUCGCGUCCUCGGACUCAGCCACACGGUGUUCGGUCACACGAACGUGUACGCCUUCCUGGGUGUGCCGUACGCGCACCCGCCCCUCGGCGAGCUGCGAUUCCGACGUACCUUCACGGACGUCGAUGUCGGACGGGGCUCGCUGAUCGACGGCACUGGGCCCAAGCCGGCGUGCGUGCAGAGUUCCGUAGACAAGUCUUUGUCUGAGAUCUCCGAGGAUUGCCUCCACCUCAGCAUCUGGACGACAUCGCGCGAGUGCAACUAUCCCUCCUGUGCCAAGAAGGCUGUGCUCGUAUUCCUCCACGAUGGCUUCUUCCAGACAGGCGGCAACGGGCAGCCCUUAUACGACGGAAAGUACGCUCCCAUUGUGGCCUUCGUGUGCACCUGGUAUCUGGCCGCAUACGGCGACGUCGUUGUCGUGCUACCCAAUUACCGACUCGGGGCGCUUGGAUUUCUGAACUACGGCACCGGCAGUGCUCCCGGGAACGCGGGCCUCUACGAUCAGCUGUUGGCACUGGAAUGGACGCGUCAGAACAUCGGCAGCUUCGGCGGCAACGUAUCCAACCUUGUGCUGGUCGGCUACGGCGCGGGCGCAGCGGCUGUGGGGUACCUGCUUCUCGGCAAGGCGGCCGGCACCAUAGAGGCGGCCGCGGUCCCCAAACGAGCCAUUCUGAUGAGCGGUAGCCCCUACACCAGGUAUUAA